AUGGAAGGGAAACGAAAGGGCGGUGAAUCAUUAGGAUCAUUGGACCAACAGUUUGAGAUAAAGAUUGAGCGAUCGACAUCCACGGACAAAACCAAUGUCCUUGAGGAGAUUGUUGAGUUACUACGACACCUGCUAGACUAUUGUAUAUGUUGUCUCUCCUGUGGCUGUAUCCCAAUACCACAGGAAAAUGGUGGUCUCAUUGAUGACAGCUACGAAAUGAUUCUACUGGAAAAUGAGAGACAAGCUGUUAGCAACCUCCUUCAUUAUCUAGAACAUGAAGCCAAUGGUGACCCAGUGUUGAAUAAUGAACAUGUCCGGGCCCUUAGUAUUUUGGCUUUAUCUGACAAUGUGGAGCUACAGAAAUCUGCAGCACUCUGCUUCAUGGAAAUUAGUGAGAGAACUAAAGCUCCACUGACAGUAGCUCUUGCCAAGCCAUUAAUUCAGCUCCUGAAAUCUCAAGAUCUCCAAGUACAGAAAUCUACGACUCUGGCUGUGAGCAACUUCACUCUUCAUGGUCCAGAUUCUAACAAGGACACUGUUGGUCAAUGUGGAGGAAUCGAGGCUCUUGUUUGUCUACUUCAGUCCAGUAAUACAGAUGUCCAGUGUAACACAGCUGGGUGUAUAACCACUCUAGCCACCACAGAUGCCAAUAAACAGAAAAUUAUCGGGGGUCAUGUUAUACACCAUCUACUGAAGCUGUUGAGGUCCCAAGAUUUACGGGUACAGAGAAAUGUUGCUGGUGCUGUUUUAAAUCUCACUCAUCUUCAAAACCACAGGAAUGAUUUAGUGGCUGGGGGUGUCAUUCCUGUACUGGUUGACCUCCUCCAGUUUCCGGACCAGGACAUUCAAUACUACAGUGCUGCUUCCCUCAGUAACAUUGCUGUCAAUGAAAAACACAGAGCUUUAAUGGUUGCUAUUGGUCACACUGAUGUUAUACGAAAUCUCAUCAAACUGGUAUCUGUCAAGUCAGAAAAGGUACAAUGUCAGGCCUGUUUAGCCUUGAGAAAUCUUGCAUCUGAUGGUAAUAACCAGUCCCUCAUUGUGAAAUAUGGUGCAUUGCCACGAUUACAGAAAGUGUUACGGACAGGCCACAAAGACACUUUGGUGGCUGCAGUGGCAUGUUUACGAAACCUUUCAAUUCACAAGGCAAAUGAGGUGGUGAUCGUAGCCAAUAAUUUUGUGAUAGAUCUGUGUCAUAUUAUGUGUGACAGUCACAAUCCCGAGGCUCAGCGACACGCAGCAGGGAUCAUACGUAAUUUGGCUGUUGGCCAUUAUAUCAGGGACCUGGUAGAACAUGACUGUGUGGAGGCCUUGACCUUUGUGCUGUUGGGGCUAGAGACAAGGAUUAGUACACUGAAGGAGGUGACAGCUGCACUGGCAGUGUUUGCUGACGAAGAUGAUGUUAAAUACAAACUGCUACACCUUCACGGUGGAAAGGUCUUCGGUAAACUGGUGACUUUGGCUACACUGUCCACCCAGUCAGAGGUUCAGUACAACAGUGUGGGAACCCUGGGUCAGUUAUUUCUUGUAGAAAUUCCCGAAGACCUGAAGUCAGCCAAUGUUUCUGGAAUAGUGCUAUAUAUAGACAUGUUCCUGAAAUCUGCCGACCCUAACUUUGUCCAUAUAGCCCUCUGGACUUUGGUACAGCUUCUCAAAGAUGCGGUAUUCCUUAAGGCAUUUCAAAACCACAGUAUCGAGCCCGUCAUUAUCAAGUUAGCCUCCACAUCACAACCCUCCAUGAUUGAAGAGCUCGCUACAGCUGUCCUGAAGAAACUUCGCGGGGAGGAAGAAUUAACUUCAAGUGAUGACUAAGGAAUAUUUAUGUAUAAGAAUUUUUUAUCUUCUCAAUGUCAGUAAUCUAAUUUAUAUUUUGUAUGUAAAUUUUUUUAUUGUAGUACAAUGAAAGAAGCCAUAUUUAAAAUCUGUUGUGAAAACAUGAUCCUUAGUAUUUCAGCUCAUUCCAUAGACCAUAACUCAUUUCUUCUUAGCUUUGGAGGUAAAGUUUGAUAGAAUUAAUAAAAUUAUUCGUGAAGAUUCUAGUACCAAGGAGUUACUUUUUGUGUAACUGAACAACUUCAAACGGGGUGUUUUUUUUUUUAUAUUUUUAAGUGAAAAUGAA